AUGCUCAAAUCUCUCAUCACAGUUUCCGCGGGCCUUGUCGGCAGCGCUCAUGCCUUCUGGCGCAUGGAGUGUCCUGGCCGUGUAGGUCUCGCCCGUAUCGAUCCCAUCAUCGAUCCCGGUACAAUUUCAAAGCAUGUUCACUCAAUCCACGGAUCUUCUGGAUUCGCUGAAACUGUUACUACUGAACAGCUUCUCGAUGCUGAUUGUACUUCAUGCCGAGUGACACAAGACAAGUCCGCUUACUGGCAUCCCUCGCUGUAUUUCGAGGAUUCCAAGACCGGAAAAUUCGAACUCGUUGAUCAAGUUGGUGGCAUGCUCGCUUACUACCUGCUUUUCGGAGACAACAUUACCGCUUUCCCCCCUGACUUCAGAAUGUUGUCUGGCACAAAUGAGCGACGAACCUACUCCUUCGGAGAUCCCAGCAAGCCUGAUCCUGAGAAGUCUACGUGGCAAGCUCUGGGCCAAACUUCGCAAAGCGAUCUCGAAGAGCGUGCGCUUGGCUUCAACUGUCUCAACUACGACAAGACCCCCGAAGGUACCCUUUACCGCCACUACAUGCCCGACAAGGCCUAUCUCGAUGCGAACUGUAAGGAUGGUAUUCGCUUGGAGAUCAUGUUCCCGUCUUGCUGGAAGGGCGGUGAUGCCGUCGACAGUGACAACCACAAGGACCACGUCGCCUUCCCCGAUCUUGUCAUGACUGGUACCUGCCCCAAGGAUUACCCCGUUCGACUGCCCAGUCUUAUGUAUGAGGUCAUCUGGAACACUGCCGCUUUCGCCGAUCGAAGCGGUCGAUUUGUCUUUGCCAACGGCGACACUACUGGUUACGGCUACCAUGCUGAUUUCAUCAUGGGCUGGGAGGAGGAGUUCCUUCAGGACGCCAUCAAGACUUGCACCAGCGAAACUGGAAGAAUUGAAGACUGCCCUCUCUUUGACGUUGUUAGUGAAGAGAAGGCCAAGACCUGCGAGAUGAAGAUGCCCAAGGUUUUGGAAAACGAAGACUGCAAGGGUCCUUUGAAGGCGCUCCCUGGUAGCAACGGAGACUCUGACGAGGUCGAGAAGCCUGACCCCACUGGCGUCAAGCCCGCACCUACUCUGACUUACGCUCCUGGUGAAAGGCCAACAAACUCUGCCUCCCCUCUGCCUGGUCAAAUCUUCAAGGUGUCGUCGGCUUACGAAGCCCCGGCUGCCGGACCAAGCUCUGUCAACACAGAGAAGCCAUCUCCUAUCUACUCCAAGAUCUCUGAGCCCUCUGUGCCCGCUCUUCUACCUACUAUCGAGGCUGUUGCAGAUGUUGGCGCUGUCGCAAUCGAGCAAACCACAUCUGCCGAGAUUGAAGCUCCUACAACCACCCCUGCGCCCCAGUUCGAGCCUGUUGAGGAGACCAAGAGCUUCUAUAGCACCCAGUACAUCACCAACGGUAACCUCGUUAGCAAGAUCCUUUGGGAAGAGGAAGUUGUUUACGUCACCGACCUUCAAGAGGAGGUAGUCGUGGUUACUGUUACAUCAACUGCCAUUGCUACACCUUCAGUUGGACCAGCACCAGCGGCAGCUCCUCCCGCUCCCCCAGCAGCGGAAGCAGCUCCUCCUGCGGCUGCCCCAGCAAGGCGCCGACGACGUGGUGCUCACCUCCAUGGCCAUGGACACCGUCAUUUCUAA